AUGAAGACAUACAACGUCAUCACAGGUGCUCUUAAACUCUACUUCAUGUUGGACCGCUGCCGAUCCCGUCAUCACCAGCUGACAGACCCGUAUGAGCGGUUUGGCUGUGAGCUCUGCAGUGAAGCUCUGAAGCAGAUGCCUCCGGCUCACUGUGAAACACUGCGAUAUCUCAUGGCACAUUUAAAGAGGGUAACUCAGAACGAGAAGCAUAACCUGAUGAACGCUGAGAAUCUGGGCAUCGUGUUCGGCCCGACUUUGAUGCGGGCGCCUGAUCUGGACGCCAUGACGGCUCUGAACGACAUCCGCUACCAGAGGCAGGUGGUGGAGUUACUCAUCAAGAAUGAAGACAUCCUCUUCUAGCAUCACUGUCGUUGAUGUACACCCAUACUGUUUACUUCUGCUCUGACUCCGUCUGCACUCCAUAUGAAGGACUCUUGUAUUAUACUGCAUUUUCGGACCAGUCCUUACUAACACUUCUACCUGUCUGAUGGGUUCUCUUCCUGUUUCUUGCAUGUCUUCCUCCCCAUUUUUGUCGGGGGUCGCUGAAGCUGAGGGGAGUGACGUACCUCAGCAUUAUUAUGGGAUGGCAUCGCUCUGUCGCGUCAAAAGCGGUGGAGUCCAGCAGAGUGGGUUUCUGUUUCAAACAGGCUUUUUUCUUUUGUUUUUGUAAAACGUUGUGAAUUUGAUAUUGUCAGUUAUGGAGACGCUUUACCUGAAGAGCCAUAAAUAAAGAUGGUGGCAUUGUGCAGGCAUAAUAAUCUCCUCACAUGAUAUAUAAACUCUUCAUCAUUCAUACUUGUUCAUAGAGGUUUGUUAUUCAUGUUUGUAUAUGAAUGUUUAUCUAUGGCUCAGCAGGUAAAGUGUCGCCAUGUUUUUUUGUUUUUGUUUUAAUCUGUGAUUUGUUUCUGUUUUUGGUUGUUUUUUAUUCCUUCCGUCAGGUUGAUCUGACUCUGUUCUGCCUUCACAUGUCGAAAGAAUGACUUCUGCUGUAGACAGGGAGAAUAUUUACAGUCCAUGUACAUUUCAGGAUCCUUGAUCUUUAGAAAACACUCUUACGCUCACAUGACUGCUUGAUGUUUUUUGGUUCUGUGUUUUUGUACUUGAUUUAAGCAUGAAUACAUUAAUUUAUUAAAAUGUGCUUUUA